AUGCCGGGAGCAAAAGACAAGCGCAGAUCGGUGCUGAUCACAGGAUGUUCCCCUGGUGGCAUAGGAAACUCCCUCGCGCGUGAAUUCCAUCGCAAUGGACUGCGCGUACUAGCCACAGCUCGUGAUGCCAGCUCCCUGUCCGAUCUAGCCGAGUUUGGCAUCGAAACCCUAAGCUUGACGGUUGAUGACCCGGAGAAUGUGAAGACAUGCUUUGCAGAUGUCGAGAAGAGACUCGGUGACAAGGGUCUCGAUUACCUUGUUAACAAUGCUGGUCGGAACUAUACCGUCCCGGCCAUGGAAGUAGAGCUUUCUGAGGCUCGCUCAGUGUUUGAGACCAACCUCUUCGCCGUCAUCACCAUGUGCCAGACCUUCCUGCCGUUGCUCAUCAAGGCAAAGGGCACUAUUGUUCAGGUUGGCUCUAUUGCCGGAAUUAUGCCAUAUGUAUUUGGUUCCGUCUACAACGCAUCCAAAGCAGCACUGCACUCAUUCAGUGACACACUUCGCGUGGAGCUAGCUCCAUUGGGUGUUCAUGUCACCACCGUAGUGACCGGAGGUGUUCAGUCGCGAAUCGCACGCGUCGACCGCACCUUGAAGCCGAACUCCCUGUAUACCUCGAUUGAAGCCGAGUAUGAGCAACGGGUGAAGCAUAGCCAGAAAGAUGCCAUGCCGCAUGCUGCCUAUGCGCGCAGCGUGGUUACUCAAUUGCUGUAUGGAUCUGCCCCCUGGAGAUGGCUGCCCUGGGCUCAAGGCCGAAAAGCCUGGAUCUGGGAGGGACAUGCUAGCUGGGUGAUUUGGCUCCUUUCGGGAGGCUGGGCAUGGUCGGGACUGUUUGGUCGGGUCAUGACUAACAUGUUCAAACUGUGGAAGGUCAAAAAGGGCGCACGCAAGUAG